GGCUGGUGCACAGUCGCCGACCAGCUUUGCGGCUCGCCGAACUCACUUGGCCACUCGUACGACUUGAAAGAUGACAUCAACCCGCGGGAACUCGAUGCGGCAAAUCGAUUUGCGAUAUUAGACAUGCCCGCGCCUGUUCUGGGCUCGUUGACCUCUUGCGCUGACGAGUAAGCCGGCGACUAGAUUCAUUCUGCAGCAACUAUAAAGCAUCAGCUGUGCACAAUGUCACUUCGAUACCCCAUCACCGGUUGUCUAAGGCAGUUGGAGGCUGCUUCGUCUCUUACUUCAAGCGUUGUGACUCGACCUUCAACACAUGCUAGGUGCUUUAGCAGCUGCAAGAUUAGUUCUCGUUGCCAGAGUCCCAGACACAGACCAUUACAUACACGCUCAAGCGUUUCAUCCGGCAGCUCAGCCAGUAUCGACAGAUCUAAAAAACUGUCUAUAUACAGCAGAAAGGCUUUCACCACCGUCUCUUCUUCAGCCAUGGAGCCCACUAUUCACAGCGAAUUUGAGCCCGACACAGGCACAUGGCAAUACAUUGUGGCUGAUCCGUCAACCAUGACAGCCGCAAUUAUUGAUCCUGUCCUGGACUUUGAUCGCACAAGCCAGAGCCUUACUACGCACACUGCUGAUGCGUUGCUGGCACUGGUCAAGGAGAAAGGUUACAAAGUUGAUUGGGUUCUGGAAACCCAUGUGCAUGCAGACCAUCUGACGGCGGCUUCCUAUCUUCAGAAGCGUCUUGCUGAGCAACAGGGAUAUAAGCCAUCUGUUGCCAUUGGCAAGCGAAUUGGCCAGGUCCAAAGAUUCUUUGGCAAGAGAUAUGGAGUUCCGGAGGAGCAAUAUGAAGUCGUUUUUGACCAUCUCCUAGGAGAUGAUGAAAAGUUUAUGAUUGGCAAUAUCCAAGCAACGGCUAUGCAUCUCCCUGGCCAUACGCCUGAUCACAUGGGUUACAAAGUUGGAGAUAACGUCUUUUGUGGCGAUUCUGUUUUUAACGCCGACAUUGGCUCCGCGCGUUGUGACUUCCCAGGUGGCAGCUCUGAAAGUCUCUAUUCGUCAGGUCGUAAGCUGCUCAGCUUACCAGAUAAUGUCAAGAUAUGGACUGGCCACGAUUAUCCUCCCAAAGACGGCCGUUCUCCGCAGGCAUACAUGACUGUGCAUGACCACAGGGAGCAAAACAAGCAUCUCAAGGACGGUAUCACGGCUGAGGAAUUUGUCACUAUGCGAAAUGAGCGCGAUGCAGGCUUGGCAGCGCCGAGGAUGCUUCAUCAGUCGCUUCAGAUAAAUAUACGAGGGGGGCGACUACCAUCCCCGACCCCGGACGGACAGAGAAUGUUACGCUUACCAUUGGACAUAAAGGCUGCAGAAUGGUAGGUUAACUGGAAGCCCAAAGAAAGAAAGCGACAUAAUGUAUACAGUCUUUACAUAACUAGUUCAAUCUAUUCUCCAACAGGGUAGUAACAGGGCG